AUGCCGCCGACUUGGUUAGACUAUAAAAACCGAAGCUCGGAACUGUGUUUCGUUUGCAGCUUACACCAACUCGUGGACCUGAUUCGCAUCAUUCCUGUAUUUCUAAUGAAUUUCUCGGAAGUCCUAGCCUCGAAAAAUCUCCGCCAGCGUCGACCUGUUCCGUGUCUUCCAGGUAUCAUGGCACGGCAUGGCAUUGGAUUAUGCCCUCAUUUCAUUGCACCAUCUUGCAGAUGCUCCCAAAAACACUCCAUCAAUACUUCCCGACCACUGUAUUCACCUCCACCAUUCUCGGCACCACACAGACUUCCACUCUGGGGCUUUGGCACACUGCCCUUUCGUCUUGAACAUGGGGACUUCUGGCAUGACAGGAUAGCUUUGGAGGAGCCGGCCGAGGAGAUUCUCCUUAUCAGCAUAUAG